CGUAUUUGUUUUUAUAUUUUUAUUUAACUUAGCCAAAAUGAUUAAGGUGCAAAGUCAAUCCUAGAGACUCUGGGCCGAGGGCGACACCAUCCAGAACGUGAAGUAAAGAUGAUUUCAGUAGACGAAGCUCUGGGGAUAGUGUUGGAUGUAUCGAAGCGGUUGCCUCCGGUAACGGUGCCCAUUCACGAUGCUCUUGGCAAGGUCUUGGCACAGGACAUUCGAGCUCCCGAUCCUCUUCCUCCAUAUCCUGCUUCGAUCAAGGAUGGAUAUGCUGUAAUUGCUGCAGAUGGUCCUGGUGAGUAUCCCAUCAUUACAGAAUCAAGAGCAGGGAAUGAUGGUCUUGGUGUGAUAGUGACUCCUGGAACUGUUGCGUAUGUUACAACUGGAGGACCAAUACCUGAUGGAGCUGAUGCAGUUGUGCAAGUAGAAGAUACUGAACGAGUAGAAACUGCUUCAUCCGAACCAAAUCGAGUACGCAUUUUGGUCAAAAUUAACAAAGGAGUUGAUAUUCGUCCUGUGGGAUGUGACAUAAGUAAAGAUGCCAUAGUACUGAAAGCUGAAGAACUACUGGGUGCUGCAGAAAUUGGGCUACUUGCUACUGUGGGUGUUUUGACAGUGAAGGUAUAUCCUACUCCAACUAUUGGUGUACUUUCUACAGGAGAUGAGUUGGUGGAGCCCACAAAUGAGACUUUAAGUCGUGGCAAGAUUAGGGAUUCCAAUCGAGCAAUGAUUUUGGCUGCUGCAAUACAACAGAAGUGUAAAGUUGUUGACCUUGGUAUUGCUGGUGAUGAUGAGGAUGAAAUUAGGGCAGUUUUGGAUAAAGCACUUUCAACUGAUAAUCACAUUGACAUUCUUUUGACUUCUGGUGGUGUUUCUAUGGGAGAUAGAGAUUUUGUCAAACCUUUACUUCAACAAAAAGGAAGAGUGUAUUUCGACAAGAUCAAUAUGAAGCCUGGAAAGCCUCUUACUUUUGCAGAACUCACAACAGAGAAGAUGAAAAAAGUUGUUGCAUUUGGGUUACCUGGAAAUCCAGUCAGCUGUUUGGUUUGUUUCAACCUCUUUGUCAUUCCAUCAAUUCGUAAUCUUUCUGGAUGGACAAAUCCACGUCUUCCAAGGGUACAAGUUUACCUUAAGAACUCUAUCAAGACAGAUAAUUUCAGAAAGGAGUUUUGUCGUGCCAUUAUCAAAUGGGAGAAUAAUGCUGGAUUGGGCUUUCCAGGAUUUGUGGCUGAGGUUACAGGUCAUCAAAUGAGUAGUCAGCUCCUAAGUAUGAAGUCAGCAAAUGCAUUGUUGGAAUUAUCACCAUCAGGAAAAGUAAUACCUUCCGGAAGUUUGGUAUCUGCAACAUUAAUUUCUGAUAUAAGUGGGUUUACUUUGGGGCCUAAGGAUUUAUUAUCAUCAGAUUUAGAUACUCUAAUUACACAAGGACAAAGUACCACAUCAAUGAAAGUAAGUGGUGAUUAUAAAGUUGCUAUCCUCACUGUGAGUGAUACUGUUGCCUCAGGAGCUGGACCUGAUAGAAGUGGUCCAAGGGCAGUUUCUGUUGUGAGGUCUUGUUCUGAAAAAUUAGGAGGGGCAACUGUAGCUGCAACAGCUGUGGUUCCAGAUGAAAUAGAAAACAUCAGGGAGAUAUUGCAGAGAUGGAGUGAUGUAGACAAAAUGGAUUUGAUUUUAACCCUUGGUGGGACAGGGUUCACCCCUAGGGAUGUGACACCAGAAGCAACAAAAGGUGUAAUAGAAAAGGAAACCCCUGGACUUCUAUAUGUGAUGAUGCAAGAGAGCCUUAAGGUUACACAAUUUGCAAUGCUGUCACGGGCUGCAGCCGGGAUACGUGGAUCAACACUCAUUAUCAAUAUGCCUGGGAAUCCGAAUGCAGUGGGAGAGUGUAUGGAUGCUUUGAUUCCAGCAUUAAAGCAUGCAUUGAAGCAGAUAAAGGGGGACAAAAGAGAGAAGCAUCCACGUCAUGUUCCUCAUGCACAUGCAGAUUCAAAGGACGUAUGGGAAAGUAGUUAUCAGGCGGCUAAUAAUCAUAUUGAUACCAAGCAAGACCCGCCUUCUUCUUUGCACAGUUGUGGGUGCGAGUAAUAAGUGUGUUGUGUGUAAAUCAUGUCACCUCUUAUCACAGAAAUAAAUUAAAAACUUAUGCUAAAUGUAUUAUUCAGAAAUGAAGUUGAUUUGAGCACA